ACUUCAGCAGUACAGAUUAUACAAUCAAUGGCCCUAAAGCAUUUUUUGCCAAUAUGCCAUUAUCCAAAACCCUCACUAUGAAUCUCGAUGUGCCUGAGCCAUGGCUUGUUGAGCCUGUUAUUGCUGUACAUGACCUGGAUAAUAUUUUGCUUGAGAACCUUGGAGACACAAGGACAUUACAAGCCGUGUUUGAACUUGAGGCUCUUCUUUUAACUGGUCAUUGUUCAGAAAAAGAUCAUGAUCCUCCUAGAGGCCUUCAGUUAAUUCUUGGGACUAAAAGUACACCUCACUUGGUUGAUACCCUUGUGAUGGCCAAUUUGGGUUAUUGGCAAAUGAAAGUCUUUCCUGGGGUUUGGUAUCUACAACUUGCUCCAGGUAGAAGUUCUGAGCUCUACCUUCUGAAGGAAGGUGGUGUUGGAAGUCAGGACUCGCCUUUGUCAAAACGUAUCACUAUAAACGACUUACGAGGUAAACUAGUUCAUUUGGAAGUAGUGAAGAAAAAGGGCAAAGAGCAUGAAAACUUGUUGAUUUCUUCUGAUGAUAACCACUUGCAAGAUGGAAAAAAAAGGAAAUCAUGACAGCUGGAACUCCAACCUUUUGAAAUGGGCUUCUGGCUUUAUCAGUGGUGGGGAGCAGUUGAAAAAGAGUGAAAGCACUUCAGUGGGACAUGGAAAAGGUGGAAGACGUGGGAAAACGAUUAAUAUUUUUUCCAUUGCUUCUGGACACUUAUAUGAACGUUUUCUGAAAAUCAUGAUACUAAGUGUCCUGAAGAACAGCAAUCGCCCCGUUAAAUUCUGGUUUAUAAAGAACUAUCUUUCUCCUCAAUUUAAGGAUGUAAUUCCACAUAUGGCACAGGAAUAUGGUUUUGGGUAUGAGUUGAUUACUUACAAAUGGCCAACAUGGUUGCAUAAGCAGAAAGAAAAGCAGCGAAUUAUCUGGGCAUAUAAAAUCCUGUUCCUUGAUGUUAUUUUCCCACUUUCUUUGGAAAAGGUUAUAUUUGUCGAUGCCGAUCAAAUUGUCAGGGCAGACAUCGGAGAACUCUAUGACAUGGAUAUAAAAGGAAGACCACUUGCAUAUACACCUUUCUGUGACAACAACAAAGAUAUGGAUGGAUAUCGAUUUUGGAGACAAGGUUUCUGGAAAGAUCAUUUGAGGGGGAAACCAUAUCACAUCAGUGCUUUAUAUGUUGUUGAUUUGGUGAAAUUCCGAGAAACUGCAGCGGGAGAUAAUCUAAGGGUUUUCUAUGAAACUCUCAGCAAGGAUCCGAACAGUCUAUCAAAUCUUGAUCAGGAUCUUCCAAACUUUGCUCAGCAUACGGUGCCCAUCUUUUCACUUCCCCAAGAGUGGUUAUGGUGUGAAUCAUGGUGCGGAAAUGCUACAAAAUCCAAGGCAAAAACCAUUGAUCUUUGCAACAAUCCCAUGACAAAGGAACCCAAGCUUCAGGGUGCUAGAAGAAUAGUCCCUGAGUGGCAAGAUCUUGACUUCGAGGCAAGACAAUUCACUGCAAAAGUCUCAGGGGAGGUGGACCCCCAAGAGCCAGUCACACCUCCUAAACAAUCACAGGAUCCAAUCACUGACAGUUCACCUGAAGAAGAUGACCAGGAAUCUAAAUCAGAGUUGUGAUGAAUAUCCACCAUUUUCAGUUCAUUAGAACAUUUUGAUGGGAAACCCAAGGCAUUAUCCCAUAAUAUAAUUUAUCCCAAGAACAUCCUCCAUUUCAACCUUGAAACUGUAUGCUUAGGGAUUUGCCAGGCACUCCCAACUGGAAGGAAGAAGCAGGCAAUGCAGGAGAAGGAAUUCAUAGGUUGCAGCAGUGGGAAGACUAUCAACUGAGGAGGAGAUCUUGAAGGAUUCUAUAUUAUAUCAUUCUUGAUAUGAACUCUGUGUAACAACUGAUUAUUGAUAAAUAUUGUCUUUUGCCUUGGGGUUAAGAAUCCAUAGGGAGGUUUCAGUAACUGUGAAGAGGUAGGCUGAGAUAUUUUGGAGAUAUAAAAAUUUUGAACUGUUAAUUUAUCUGGAAAUUCUUGCAAAGAAGAAUGCAAGAAAUUUUUGUUAGA